AUGACUGGCGCGACAAACCAUUACGCUCCGUGUGCUCGCGCCCGUAUGCCCGUGAAGCCGCUCGCAGGCAGCGCGUCCGACUCGCGCCAUCGUUACCAGAUAACAACUGCACUGGUGAAGAUCGCAAAAAUCGGCAAAGACGAAGAUGACAAUGAGUCAACGAAAAAGAAUGAGCUUCAGGUCAGCUACAAAGAUCAUUACGUGCAGUGAGCGAUACCAGACGGUGGAAAGGUCUGAAAAGAAGUCUUAACAGUUUCCGAGAAAGUACCUGUAAUGUGAAACAUGGCAACAUUUUCGCUUGUUCUCAGCUAAGUUUGAAUGACGGGAGCUCUGGUUUAAGGUUUAUCUGACGAUUUUGAAAAAUAACAUCGAAGCGACUGCUCAGAAAUUUUUUUCCAUUUCGCUACUCCGAUGGACAAGACAAGCAGUUUCAUCUUUCGACAGGCAGGCAAGCGAUCUGACUGUUGUGACGCAGGUAACAGGCAAUAGGACGGAAUUACCUUUGAACACGCGUGAAAUAAUUACUCUGUUUCAAAAUAACUUUGCAGACUAUUUUGAUUUUCGAAAUCAGCUGCGCAUUAACCGCUCGCGACCUGUGAAGAGGAUUUCAACCGAAAAAUUCUUCAUGAUUUUCAUACUGCGCUGCUGUCGAACAAGGCAAUGGCUGGAAUUUGAAGAAAAGUUUUUUGCUAAUUUCAUGGUAAUUUUCGAAUUAACAAGGUACUGGUAUGGUAUUUACCUGGCAUGUCAGAGAUAACGCCGAAGCGUUGAGCGACAAAAACGCGGCAACUCCGGUGUUUACGUUUGUUCUGAAAAACUCAGUAAAAUAUUAGAUAAUUAUUGGUUUGAGCAAACUGCAAUGGUGAAAUUGCUCUUUGAGCACCAAAGCGCUCGCCAGACAUUUUUCUUCCGGUGUCAUAUAAAUCAGCGAUUCGUCUUUCGGCGUUGCAGGCGUCAAGCGCAAAUCGCAGAUAGAAGAUCGACUAAACUCUCUAAUCAAUGAAAGGCUGAAGACCUUCUUCAGGUGGAUGAACAAACACGGAAAUCGACGUGCGUCUCGUCAUAGGGUGCCAUGCUGGGAAGGGAUCAGCAAAUUGGUAAUAACGCAAAGUCGGCGUCAUCAUACAGGCGUGCGAAUACCGUCUAGCUGA